CAGAUCUUAAGUAAAUCACAAUCUUACGUAACGCGCAAAUUCAGGAACAUCAUCAUCAAUUUAAUCAGAAUCAGAGCAAGUGCAAGAGCAAGGGCAAGAGCAAGAACAUGUGGGAAAGUCAACCGUCUGCCGGUCGAGGCAGCGUGAGCACGUCUACUGAUUUCACAUCCAGAAAAGUCAGAACAUCUCAGAAUUCUUCACAACCGAUAACAUGGACUCACAAUUCUACUGAGAUAGGCGGUACAUCUGUUUCCGGUUGAGUUGUUACCAAUGACAAUCCGUAGAACAUGAGUCUACGGCUACAAUAUCAUUAUGAACGACGAUUUCAUCCAAGAGCAAGUUAUCGCUUAAAUUCUUGUCAGUAGACUCAGUUCUUGUAAGUACAGUACUUUUAAGUUUUAUACUGCUGUUUUUCCCGCAUAACAAUUCAGCGAAGUGAGCUGCGGACUGGAGAAUGUGGACCGAAGUUCAACAAGUCCAAGAACAUCAGCGGCGCGAAUUGGUUCUGAGCUCAUCCGAGAUAGCGAAGAGAGUGGAAGAGUCUGGCUUGGACGAGCAUGUUUUUGAUCUGGCAACGCUGAAUUUUCUAGAAAUCAGUCGGACACCUUUGACCAUCCUGUCCGAUAAAAUUGGGCAUCUGGAGAACUUGAAUCGCUUAAUUCUACAUGACAACAAGCUUAAGGAAAUUCCUCAAACGGUCAGGCUGUUAACGAAACUUAAAGUUUUGGACAUUUCCAAAAACUGUUUAUCGGAGCUUCCAGAUGUCUUUGGAAACUUGCGAGAUCUUCAAAGCCUAAAUGCCAGCGUAAACGAAAUUGCGAAGAUAUCGGACUUGUCGCACUGCGUUCAUUUGACAUCGAUCAAUUUGUCCCACAACAAACUAGUUGAAUUUCCGGAAGUCCUCUGCUCGGACCAACUGGAAAAUCUGUUGGAAUUGAACUUGAAUUCCAAUUUACUGACCGGCAUCUCGCCUCGCAUCGACCAACUUCCCGCUCUUAAACACUUGGACCUCUCAUCCAACAAAAUCACCAUUAUCCCCAAAGAAUUAUCACAGUGUGGAAAACUGAGGGAAAUACUGCUCCAUGAUAAUCCCAUCAAAGACUCACGACUGUGUAAACUUACCGCACAGAAACCGCCCAAAUCGAAAGCGGUGCUAGAUUAUGUGCGAGAGCAUUGCGUUGCGCAGAUUCCGGUUACCGAAUCAGAAAAUAAACAAAAAGCAGCGAAGAAAAAGAGUAAGGGAAACAAGAGCGUCGACGAGGAGGAAGUUGUUGUUGAUGAAAUCGAGGUGUUACCGGCGGAUGAGACAUCCAGAAAGAUAACGUGGAAGGCCGUUACGCAGCAAGUACGACCGUUCAUUGUGUGCUGCGUGAUAAAAAAUCUGGAGUUAAGCGAUCCGGAAAAGAUGAAGAAAUUCAUCGCACUGCAGUCCGAUCUCCAUGAUGACAUUUGUGAAAAGAGGACAGCAGCAACUAUUGCUACCCAUGAUCUGGAUCAGAUCUCCGAUAAUAUGGUUUACGAUGCGAAAUCUCCGCAAAGCAUUAAGAUUUGUCCCUUGAAGAGGUCCGCGGAAGUGUCGGCCGACAUUUUGAUGAAUCAGCUGAAACAGGAAGCCGAUGCGUUAAGGAAAGAAAAAAAGCGAAACACAUUCUCCGGCAUUCAUAAGUAUUUGAAUUUGCUGCACGAAAAGACAGUCUACCCGUGUUUGUUAACGGAAAGCGGUACCGUGCUGUCACUGCCUCCUCUGACCAACAGUGAAAAAUCGAAAAUUCUUCCCACAACGCAAAAUGUUCUCCUGGAAGUGACCAGUUCGAAAAGCCUGGCAGUCUGUAAAGCCGUUGCGGAGAAAUUGAUAACCGCCUGUGUUAGACAGGAUUUAACUAGUGAAAGCCGUGACAACGGUAACGGAGAGCAUUCAGUUGGAAGAAAAAUCGUGGUGCAGCAAUUGCGCGUUAUGGAUGAAAGCGGUGGUUUGAGAGUGGUUUUUCCUUCCCGAGCUGAUCUUAAUAUGGAAGGUUUUAAAAUCUUACGAAGUGACUAAAAAGUUCGUUAUUUUACUUGGUGAUUUUUAUAACGAAUACUUUGAAUUUGUCUUUGUUGUUACUGAAUAAAUCGUUGAGUGUGA